AUGAUCAUUUCAGUAUGGCAUAUCGGGCAUGUGACCGAAUGGCAAAGCAAAAUAUUCGCCAAACCUGCACCGGAAGCUAAUGCAUGUCCCAAUUUGAUUCAUUUUAAUUUCUACGAGAAGCUUAAGAUGUACCAUUCAUUGUCUGUGGUGCUUUACUCUCUCUCACCCGUUUUUGCCCAACAGAAAUCCUACGCUGAAUUAUCUAACGACCUCGGACUGCAUGUGGUUGAAUUUUCCGCCGAUCGCGACCUCAUUCCGCGAGUGCUUGCCUCACCAGAUCCGAAACGCGCGAUCGAUCCCAACACACUCCAACCACAGUCCAUUACGGCGGAGAACGACGCGACAGCACAGAGUACUGUCACUAAAGAGGAGGAGCCCUUACCAAUUCUCGCUAUUUCGCACCCGGAACGACAGCGGAAACGCAAACCGAAGCCGGAACAAUAUGAGUCGUUCCUGGACGACCUAGUUGCCGUGGGUGAGAAUGAAGCGGUUUCCUCACCAUCUGCGGAAUUGAUCGGUUCUGGAGAACGCGAUCUGGAUGUCCUUAUGCUCGGUGGUCGUGUACCUCUCAUUCGUGGGAACCCUGUCCCGUUCUACUGGAAUAACCCGGGAAAUUUGAAAAUGGCAACCCAACGGCAUCGCUAUCGGAACCAGGUUUCGGCUCGUCGGGAACGCGAUGUCUAUGCAGCACUGGACAAACUGAGCAUAUCUUAG